AUGUUCCUGCUCCGCCGCCGCCGCGCGCUGCCGUCCGCCCCGAUGCCCUGGCGCCGGCGCGCGGGGAGCGACGGCACCGCGCCUCGCUGGGAUGUUCUCGUUAUCGGCGGGGGCCACGCCGGGACGGAGGCGGCGGCAGCGGCGGCUCGGAGCGGGGUCCGGACGCUGCUCGUCACGCACAAGGCCGACACCAUCGGGCAAAUGUCAUGUAACCCUUCCUUCGGUGGCAUUGGAAAGGGGCAUCUCAUGAGAGAGGUAGAUGCCCUGGACGGGCUGUGCGCUCGGAUCUGUGAUCAGUCUGGAGUUCAUUACAAGGUGCUAAACCGGCGUAAGGGGCCUGCUGUGUGGGGUCUCCGAGCCCAGAUUGAUAGGAAACUCUAUAAAGAAAACAUGCAGAAAGAAAUCCUUAACACUCCACUGCUGACUGUUCAUGAGGCAUCUGUGGAGGAUCUUCUCCUGACGGAACCAGAGCCAGACCGACCUGGGAAAUGCCAAGUCAGUGGAGUCAUUCUAGGGGAUGGAAGCAGAGUCCACGCUGGGAGUGUCAUCCUGACUACGGGCACGUUUCUGAGGGGGAUGGUCUUCAUCGGAUUAAAGAUGCAUCCCGCUGGGCGAUUAGGGGAUCAGCCCUCCAUUGGGCUGGCUCAGACCUUGGAGAAACUGGGAUUUGCUGUGGGAAGGCUGAAGACUGGGACCCCACCUCGACUGGCCAAAGACUCUAUUGACUUCAGCGUUCUGGAGAGACACAUGGCUGACAACCCUCCUGUGCCAUUCAGCUUCCUCAGUGAGGCUGUGUGGAUCAAGCCAGAAGAUCAGCUCUCAUGCUAUCAAACUUUCACCAAUGCCAAAGUGGAGCAAAUCAUCCACGAUAACCUUCACCUGAACAACCAUGUACGGGAGACAACAAGAGGGCCCCGAUACUGUCCCUCGCUUGAAUCCAAAGUUCUGCGCUUUCCAAACCGCAUUCAUCAGCUGUGGCUGGAGCCUGAGGGUCUGGAUUCCAACAUCAUCUACCCCCAAGGGAUGUCAAUGACUCUGCCGCCGGAGCUCCAGGAGCAGGUGAUUGCAUGCAUCCCUGGCUUGGAGAAAGCCAAGAUGGUGCAGCCAGGCUAUGGGGUUCAGUAUGACUUUCUGGACCCCCGUCAGCUCAGUGCUUCCCUUGAGUCCCGUCUUGUUCAGCGACUCUUCUUUGCAGGACAGAUAAAUGGCACCACGGGCUAUGAAGAAGCUGCAGCCCAGGGAGUGAUUGCUGGGAUCAACGCUGGCCUGCGUGUCAGUGGCAAGCCCCCUUUUAUCAUUAGCCGCACAGAGGGCUACAUCGGAGUCUUGAUUGAUGACCUCACUACCCUGGGCACCAACGAACCAUACCGCAUGUUCACCAGCCGAGUGGAAUUCCGCAUGUCUCUACGGCCCGACAACGCAGACAGCAGGCUCACCCUCCGAGGUUUUGAGGAAGCUGGCUGUGUGUCCCAACAGCGAUAUGCACAGACAUCUCAGAUGAAGGCUACUUUAGAGGAGGCAAUAGCAGUGCUAAAAUCUCUUCAGUUCACCGCCACCAAAUGGGCCAGGCUGAUUCCAGAGGCUUCCAUAAGCACCAGUCGAAGCUCCCUUGCCAGUGCCCUUGACAUCCUUCAAUAUCCAGAGGUCACCAUGGAGCAUUUGGCAAGAGCUAUCCCAGAGCCCCUGAGAAAGUUUGCUGAAUGGAGAGAACUGGCAGAGAGGCUGAAAAUAGAAGCUGUUUAUGAGUGGCAUGUAGCCAGCCAGCAGCAGGAAAUAGAGGAAGUACGUCGAGAUGAAGCUCUCCAGCUGCCGGAGGACCUAGAUUACUUUGCCAUUGACGCAUCGUUGUCCCAGGAAGUGCGAGAGAAACUAGAUUCCAACCGCCCCCAGACGAUCGGAGCAGUCAGUCGCAUUCCUGGAAUUACACCAGCCGCCAUUGUUAACCUGCUGACAUUUGUGAAGACCAAUCAGCAAAGGACAGAGCACAUAAAGCACUCUAAGACUGGCAGAUCCUUACCAGAGGGAAAUAGGUUUGGGAAGAGUACAUUUCAGAACUCAAGCUUGAGCUGAACUUCAUGAGGAGGAACCAGAAAAUGCCUUUGUUAAAAUGCCUUCACGAAGGAGGGUAUAAGUCAUUAGACAGUACACCAAUGGAUAUGCUACACCUGAAGCCAAAAACCAUUCUAUGACUUAUGUCAUCAGUUUAAUCUGAAGUCAGCAUACCCAGGAGCUUUUGUAGAGUGACCAGGAGUCUAAGUAGCUCAUCAGUGUGUCUUGCUCCUCUUAAGUUAAAAUAAAAUGAUGAUGGGGAUAUCAGUCAACCAAGCACCUAUUAAAAAGCAUUGCUGAAAAAACAUCCCUUCUAUCAAAGGUGUUGACUAAGGAGGAACAUAUCGCCCUGUUGAGCAGCAUGAGAUGCUAGUGAGAACUAGAAAGCCAAGAGCCCAGUAACUCUCUGCUUAUUUCUUCAGUAGGACUUGGAUUUGUCCCCAGCUCUGCAGUGGCUGGUGCUGCCUUUCUUUUUAUGUGAUUUCAGCCAGCUGGAAACAUUCCUGAUUAUGGAAAGAAUUUAUAAAUACUUGCCUUAUAGUAACUCUUUAAUGGGCUGAGGGUAAUGUUAAGAUACAUCCCCCUGUGCCUCAAAUUUUAAAAUUAACUUUGGAAGGAAACUCAAUUGGGAGCGCUGGCUUCCAAUCUGAUCAGGAAGAAAAGUUAACUUUCAAUGUAGAUGAACCUUUAGUAUUGUUUUUGUUUAUUUAUUUAUUUAGUUUCCAGAAGCCGUUAACUUAUGCCCAGCAUAUAGAGUGAGAAAUGGUUACCCCAGAACACGGGAGGAUGGGAAGAUUGAAUGUUUGAUUGUACUUGAUUAAUUGUUAUUACUCAGAAAAGUGAUACUACAGAAUGCUACCUUCCCUCAACAAACUUGCUCAUUUUAGUGACAAAAAUAAGCGCUCUACUCCUGUUAGCCCUGCAGAGUCAACAGAGCUAAGGCUGUGGGACCUGGAGUCUAUUUCUUCUUAUGCACCAUCAACAGAGUUGUGUAUUAAUUUCCUGUCAGUUACACCUGUACAACCCAGCAAGACAAUGAGUUUGUAUGGGCAUCACUGAAGGACUGAUUUGACUUUAAUAUGGGCGGGCAGGCAUGAGAAAGAACCCAGCUUUACUCUGCCUCUAGGUUGAGAUUGCAGGGCUGGCAUUUAGGAGAAAAAACAUCUUUUUACUUUGAGACAAACGCACAAUCCCCAAUACCAUUUUUACACACAUCUUUCAGAGCAGAACUCCAUUUCUAGGCCACAUGUGGAACAGCUUUGGAGUGACUGCUCUUUUAUUUAUUUAUUUUUAAAUGGAGAUAUCCUAUCUCCUAGAACUGGAAGGGACCUUGAAAGGUCAUCGAGUCCAGCCCCCUGCCUUCACUAGCAGGACCAAGUACUGAUUUUGCCUCAGAUCCCUAAGUGGCCCCCUCAAGGAUUGAGCUCACAAUUCUGGGUUUAGCAGGCUAAUGCUCAAACCACUGAGCUAGCCCUCCCCGCUAGGUUCUUGGGAAGCUGAGUGUAGUUGCCAGCCCUCUGUCAUAAGCCUGAAUUCACUGAUGUCAAAACAAUAGCACAAAUGUGUCUUUUUGCCUGUUUGAAAACAUAGAGGUAGAUCACUUACUUACUGCAAAAACUAAAUGCUGAAUGGAGAAUAUACUUAUAAUGUUGUUUUGGGAGAUUGCAAUUAAUUUUAGAAUGCUGCAACACACACUUCUAAUAGAUAAACAUAGCUUAAAAUAUUCAUUAUCCAUGGAACAUAAUACAGAAUUAAUAGUGCUACAGAGACGCAUGUGAGAGGAACUGAAUGCCAACAAUGAUUUCCUGUAUGCCAGUCCUCUUAGUUGUUUUACCAUAUAAAUCUUGGAAGGACGUAAAUAUUCUCUAACAAAAAACAGUUAGCACUGGUAUAUAUCCCAUGAUGGAACUGACUUUGCUGGACAUUUCUCGCUCUAGGUCUUUCUCCUUUCCCCUUCCCUCCAUGUUAAAAAGAUUGUGUCUUUUAAGCAAAAAAAAAA